AUGGAAGCUUCUACUCAGCUCAAAAUCUCCAAUUCUAUUGGUAUUGGAGGUAGCUAUGAUGAAAAGGGUUUAGAGAUAUAUAACCAUGACAAGGUGUCACCUGAAGCUGAUCCGGCUGUGCACAUGUCAGUUUCCAAAGCAGAGAAGCGACUCAAAAAGCUCGAGAGGGAUUAUCAACACACCUACGAGAAUUACAUAGAAGCGCGAUCAAACAGGUAUAGGUUCUACAUUGAGGCAAAACAUUCUAACUAUCGCAGUGACCAGGCUGGAAACUCUAUCAAAUAUUACAAGAAGCUGCGAGAUCAACUGCAGAAUAAUCUUGACAAAAUGAAUAAAGCAGAAGAAACAACAAGAGGAACAGAAAUGCCUGAAUACUGCAAGCAAGCCUCAGUGCUGCACAGUUGUAAAAGCUUGGCCCAGGAAAAGAGGAUACUGCAACAGAUAGAAGAAAGACCAAGCCAUCAGAAAAACAGUGACCUGAGUCAAGAAACAAUCCAUCUCACGAAAAUAAACUGGGAGUUCAAAUACAGUCAAAGUAGAAUUCCAAAAGGUAGCAACAGCAAAACAGUACAUGAUCUACUGAGGAGAUUUAAAGACACAGAGAAGUUGAGGGAGAAAGCUAUUAUUGCCAAUGGUGAACUUGUCAACAACACAACAAGUCAGGACACUUUGAAAACAUCUAUCGAGAUGGAAAUAAAACUUCUGGCAAAGGUAAUCAAAAAGCUUGGAAAAGAAACAUGGGGAGAGACAAGGAUCUGGACUGAUAAUGGCCACGAGGAAAAGAUCAGGCACCUAGAGAAAAAAUGUGAAUGGAUAUGCGGAAAAUGGGAUGAAGAAAAGAAGUAUAUUCUAGGUUUGAAGAAAAAUACAUGAGGCGUUGUAACUUGUAAGCUUGUAAUACGUCCCGCUAGAAUUUUAAUGAUCAAUUUGCAUUGUUUCUUCUCGCUGUAUUAUUUUGGCUC